GUUCAUGUUGCAGACUGUUAAGCACAUUCAGCAGAAUUCACCUGAGGGCACCUGUACUAUUAAAAAGGUCAGUUAAGUGUUUUUGUCUCGGGGAUACAUUAUCUCAGAUACAUUUCUACUAAAUCAGGAUGCUGACCAUUGCAACCCUUCUCCUCAUUUUAACUGCUGAGGUUGCAGUAGGACAGGACUACAGAGUGGCUGUCAAAGGACAAACAUUUCCAUUGGAUAUGGAACCGAAUUCUGUUGAUGACCAAUUUGAGGGAUGUACAAAGAACAUGGCAUACCUGGUAGAGACAAAAUUUCUUAAUGAAGAAAUCUCUGGGAAUUCUGCAUUUGCAGCAACUUGGAAAGAAGGUGUAAUAAAGGCCACAGCACCAGGAUAUAGUUUGACCAGGAACCAUUCAAUCGCCAUUUAUGUGUACACUAGUAACAGAGUAUAUAAGGAUUUCAAUGAUGCUACUCGUAGUGAUAAACAGAAGUACAUAAACAUGAUAUACAACUGGUAUUCACUUCACUUUUUGUUAACAGAAGCGAUACAGAUUCUGAAGAAAACACAAAAGAAAUGUCAAAUAACUUAUCGUGGAACCAACAUUAAAUUUGACAAAGAUGUUCUGAACAAAGAGGUUCGUUUUGGCUCAUUUGCAUCCUCUUCUCUCAAUCGAAAAACGAGUUUUGGACAUGUAUCUUGUUUUGAAAUUGAAACUUGUGAAGGUGCUUAUGUGGCAAAAUAUUCUGUGUAUCCUGGUGAGGAAGAGGUGCUGAUUCCUCCAUAUGAGAAGUUUAAUGUCAUUGCUGUCAAGAAAGACACCUGGUGCAAAACUGUGUAUGUGCUGGAAAGUUCUGGAAGCAGAAGUGACUUGAACUGCGCAGUGACAUCAGUAUUGUGUAAGAGUGUCCUCGGAGUGAAAAACUCUGAAAUAAGAAGUGACCUUGUUUGUCCAGUGGCAUCAGUUGAGUUCCUGAUACAUCACAGAUGUCAGUCUUUCUGGCUUGCAAGCCUUUAUGUCUUAAUUCACUAUAUUUGUUUACAUUAAAAGGGUGAUUUCAUAAUACAUAAUUCAAUAAUAAUAAUCCACAAAACAUAAUACGAUAAAAUGUAUUCUGAACGAUUAUCUUUUACAGCACCAUUAAACUUUUCCUGUUAUAGAUAACAGAUGACUUCAACAGAUUAAUGAUUGUCUGACUCCUUUUUCCUUUCGCAUUAGGCUGUAUAUCAGAAGCAAUGGUCUAUUUCUGUUUUCAAAAGAUUAUACAUGUAAUGCAAGUGGUCAUUUGAUUUAUUAGUCAAGGUGCUGAAGGUACUAUGUAACUUUCCUAGCUAUUAAUUACAUGAACUAAAUUACAACACGAAUGUAAAGAUUCAGUGCUUUAUGGUAAUGUUUUCUAUAUAUCCUCUUUCUGUUGUAAAAAUGACCUUGUAAUGUUUAACUGAUUGGUGGAAAAAGUAUUAAAUAACAAAUUAUCAAAUAUCUUGAUAUUUAUUUUUACUCUCUUUUUACAAUAACUUUAAGCAGCUUCAAAUGUUCUGUGAACAGGUGAAUCUGCAGCACUUUACAAGUUUCACUUUACGUGAACCACUCAAAGACCGCUGAUAAGAGUGCACCAUGUGUCCAACACAGAACAAUGCGCCACUUGUCACCGUCACCUCGAGCGUUUUGCCAUCUGACCUUGAUGUAAUGUAUGACCUGUAUUCUGCUCAGUAAUCAGUUGAUUAUAUUGAUUACUGUACAAAUUGAUCAAUCAACAGAUUAUUAAAUGAAUCAAAUGAACAGCUAUAAUAAUGCUCAUGAUGUAAAAUUAUUGAGCUUCAUUCAGUAAGAACAGCACAUCAUAGAUAUUUGUGGUAAUUCACUCAUCUCACGAUUCGGUUCAGUUUAAAAUAAUUUAUACAAUGCUUAAAUCAAGAAAAGUCAAGAUUACUUUUAAAACAUAUGGGCAAUUCCAUGGAAACACCACCCAUACCAAUGGGGGAAAAUGGUGAUUUCAAUCUUAUUUUAAUUUCUCAUGCAUCAUUGGUGGAUAUUAUAAGGAUGUCUCAGAGGUCGAAGUCUGCAGGUUUCAAAGCGUUUUGGAGGAUUUCCCCUCAUUUAUAAAAGUGCUGUUUUCACAACUGUCAUGUCCGAAACAAAGAGAUGUCUCAUCUGUAAAGCUGGGUUCUGUGUGAAAAUUACAAUGAAUAAAAAAUAAAUAUGCAUGUUCUUU